UUUCGACGGACUGAACAUGUGGGGGCAGUAAAGAGCACCAGCCCAUUUUAAUGCUGCUAAAAUAGAUACACACGAAGAAGAGUAUCCACCUCGCCAUGGCGGAAACAGAGCAGCAGACAGGAUCAGCUCCUGAAGAUGAAGCCCCUGCAGUCACUGCCAGCACCACCUACAUGGUCCCGAAGAAGGAAAUCAGCAUGGUGCCUGAUAUGGGGAAGUGGAAGCGAUCCCAGGCCUACGCUGACUACAUAGGCUUCAUUCUGACUCUGAACGAAGGCGUGAAGGGAAAGAAGCUCACAUGUGAAUAUAAAGUGUCUGAGACGGUGGAAAAGCUUCUUGAUCUUUUGGGAACUCUGGACCGAUGGAUCGAUGAGACUCCUCCUGUUGACCAGCCUUCACGCUUCGGGAAUAAGGCCUACAGAACCUGGUUCGCUAAACUCGAGCAGGAAGCAGAGGCCUUGGUGUUGGCAGUGCUCCCUGCUGACAGAAGUGCUGCAGCUCCAGAGAUCGGCGUCUAUCUGAAGGAGUCUGUGGGGAACCCGACCAGGAUAGACUACGGGACAGGUCAUGAAGCAGCUUUCGCGGCGUUCCUUUGCUGCCUCUGUAAGGUCGGAGCGCUCAGGGUAGACGAUCAGUUGGCUAUCGUCUUUAAAGUUUUUAACAGGUAUCUCUCAGUGAUGCGGAAGCUGCAGAGGACCUACAGGAUGGAGCCUGCUGGGAGCCAGGGGGUGUGGGGGCUGGAUGACUUCCAGUUUCUGCCCUUCAUAUGGGGAAGUUCCCAGCUUGUAGAUCACCCGACGCUGGAGCCGCGACACUUCAUUGAGGACAGGGUGGUGAAUGAGCAGCACCAGGACUACAUGUUUCUGGACUGCAUCAAGUUCAUAAACGAGAUGAAGACGGGUCCGUUUGCUGAGCACUCCAACCAGCUGUGGAACAUCAGUGCCGUUCCUUCCUGGUCCAAAGUCAACCAGGGCCUGAUCCGAAUGUACAAGGCAGAGUGUUUGGAGAAGUUCCCGGUGAUCCAGCAUUUUAAGUUUGGUAGCUUGCUUUCCAUCCAGCCAGCGAAGCCUUGAUGCUACGCAGACGGAGGAAAAGACCAAAAUCCCGACCAUCUGAACCUCCAGCGUCCUCAUGUGCUAAUCCAACAGUAGCAGAAGUCAGCUGUGACACAUGCACCCCCACACUGCUCACCACAUCCAUCUCCUCACAGCUCGCUGUGGACGGCGUCCGACUGUGGAGCUUCUUUUUUCUGUUAUUCACAUGAUGGAGAGAGGGCUGUUGUUUGAGGGAUGGAGGGAUUUCUGUUGGAUUUGUUUCAGUUUGGAUCCUCCCUUCAGAUGAAGAUGAUAGAAAUACAACAUUUCACUCCUUCCUUGUUUUGCUUUUAAGGCCAAAUGUUUGAUUUUCUGGCAACAAUAACUGAAAUACCCAAAACACAUGAACUAUUUGCAACAACUGCAGACUUAGACGCCUCCAGAUGGUUCAUAAAAAGUCUGUUUAGACAAAACAAUCUUGGCUGCAGUUUUCCACCUUCUUCUCGGUUGUGUACAUCAUCAAGCCUGAGCUGAGUAAAAACAUACAUAUGUGCUCAGUUCUGGUAAACACUGGAAUUAAACUACAUGAAUAAAUAGUU